AACCUGGCAUUGGUACUGCAAUGUCAGGUGAAGUACAACGAAGCGGAGAAGUUGAACCGGCGAGCGCUAGAAGGGUGCGAGAAGGACCUGGGUGUACAGCACCCAGAUACGCUGAUGAGCGUGAGCAACCUGGCGUUAGUGCUGCAAUAUCAGGGGAAGUACGACGAAGCGGAGAAGCUGAACCAGCGAGCGCUAGAAGGGCGCGAGAAAGAGCUAGGGGUACAGCACCCAGAUUCGCUGACGAGCAUGAGCAACCUAGCGUUAGCGCUACAAUAG